CGGGGUCCCGGCGGUGGUGUGCGGCCAUGGGCGGCUCCCGUGCGGUGCUGCCGCUGCCUCUGCUGCCGCUGCCUCUGCUGCUGCCGCUGCCUUUGCUGCUGCUGCUGCCGCUGCCGCCGCCCGCCCUCGGCCCCGCAGGCGCGUCCCGGCGCUCCGGCGGCAGCAGGUCUGUGAGUCAAAUGUGUGUGGAAAAGUCACUCAUUUUCAGAAGUAACAUCCCUUAUGCUACAAACAUCGUUUCUGAUCCUGGUGGACAUGAUCUGCUGUUCUGUGUGCAGUUGGAUGACCCAAAGCUGAACUAUUUUCAACAGCCACAGGAUAUCGAAGAAUCUAAUUUUGUGGAGUUCUUAGAGAAGUAUGGCAGGCACUCUUUCUUAGCACCAUCACAAGUUCAGCCAUCGUUCUCUGCUUUUUACCGUGCUGGUGAUCCAAUCCUAAUCUACUUUGAUUCUUCAUCCAUAUUGAGCAUGCUUAGACAGCCAGUGAAAAUGGGACCCAGUGGACUUUGUGUUGAUGAAAAUCCUGCUGGCUUCCUGGACAGUAAAAGCACAAGCUGUACUCGGAUUUUUGCCCACUUGAGCAAGAGCUGCGUGACUGACCCUGCCCUAGACGCUGCUUCCUACUACCGUGACUUCACUGUGCUAAAGGUCCCAAUUAAUGACACCAUUAUGCAGUCCAUGAAGGUAAAUGUCACUGCAGUCUCACCACCUGGAGCUCCCUACAUGAAGGACAACACAUGCAUCAAUGUUGUUUCUGAGGUGAUCUAUGAUAUAGAAUAUAGUGGCACAAGUGGAAUUCAGAGUGUUUCUGUCCAGUUCAAAGUGAGCAACAUCUCUGGGAACUCCAGAUCCUCUCUGCAGCAGCACUUCACCAUGCACUUCUGGACCAGGACUCUUUCUCAUAUGUUGCCUAGAAGUGGAAACCCUGGCUAUAUCACGGGAGCACCACUGUUGAUUGCCAGCAGUGGUGUCAUGAAACACAUGAGCAUAUUAAGGAGUGAAAGUGAUGGAAGCUGUUCACGGUUCCUCAGACACACAGUACAAUUUGGAAGGAAUAUGAGAACAGGCUGCAAAAUCAGCCUAUCCCCAAUACUGGAAGACAGUAACUGUAGUUACAUGCAGCAAAAGUUAUACGAGGCUUUUCAAGGGAUGAACAGAGCAGGAGACUUUGCUGUAACUGGCAGUGCUCAUUCAACCCAGGCAGAAGAGUGGAUGACCAUUCUGAUUCAGAACUGCAGUGUGCAGGCUGUGAAUUGCACUUCCUGUUGUAUGGUUCCUGUGACCCUGGAGAUACAGAUAUUGUGGACUAGAGUGGGCCUCCUGUCCAACCCACAAGCUCAAAUACUGGGUGCACGGCAUUUCUACCAGUGUCACCCCCUCAAGUUUCUAAACAUGAGCAUGGUACCUGUGUCAACUGUCGUUACCUUCACUGACAUGACAGAUUGGCCAGAACCUCCACGAGACCAGCCCCAAAAGCACUGGAAACUCCCAUUUGACAUCUUUUUCCCAUUCAAGGUGGCCCUGAAUGUAGAAAGAAGUUACAGAGAUGAUCUGGCUGGGUAUUUAUUAUUGAUUCUGAUAAUCUCUAGCAUUUUCUGCUUUUGAAAAUAGAUGGAGUCUGUUUUUAAUGUUUGGUGAGUAAAUUGAUACAUUCAGGAUACAGUCCAGAUGAUGGACUUUGGUCAUCAGGUUCUAUACCAUGUUUGUGAUACCUAUGAGCCUUCUGUUCUUGGAUAAGCCAUGGGACAGUUUGUCCUCUCAAGUCCCUAUUCUCUAUAUGUGAACCAUCUGUGAACAUCACUGCAGUGACACACUUGAGAAAUGUAGAGAUCCAGGGGCAUUGCAUUAACGAAGGACAAGGAAGAGAACCAUAAAAUGAUUAGUCUGUGUCUCCAGAAAUGAGGAAUGCUCUCUAAAAUAGGGAGUAUGGAGAGAGAAGCAAAGUUCAAUCAAAGCAUUUUGGAGCUGCUUUCAGUUAGCUCCCUGUUGGAGAAGCACCUGAUUUUUCUAUAUGGAAUUAACCAAAGAUUUAAAAUAAAGGUGCUCUCCCUGGUGGCCUGAAAUUUUAUUUUUUAAGUAGAGAUGUGUGCCAAUCACCCCUAACCUCUCCUUGUUAGAUGAUAACAACCACACCUCUGACAUUUUUUUGUACCUUGCUUUUCUGUGUUUUUUCAAAUACAGGUAUUCAGUUGAAAUUUUUAUGGUUUAAUUAAAGUUUACAUUAGCAACAGUGUUGCACAGAGCAAAGUAAUUGUAAAUGCCACAUACCCUGAAAUAAAGUUGCAUUUUCAUGGUUUGUCAAAACAUCUUCCUUCCUGAUCUUUUUUUUUUUUCCCCCCUGUAAGAAAUGGGUCUGAACAGAGUUUUUCCGAGGUGAAAAACAUUCUCUUAGGAACUGAACUGAAAAUGAUAACCACUAAAAUUCUAGCAGCACAUCAGAGAGUCUUGUGAAUAGUUCUGAAGCUAAAACAUUGAAUGUUUUAGGAAAAUUUGUAGCUGUAUUACGAGACUGAAGCUUGCUGCAAUAUCUUACCUGUGGGCUCGGUCUCUGGGACCAGGUGAUACAUUUAUUGUUUUUGAAGUUAAAGGCGGUGUUCUGAUUAUGUAGUCUGCCCUCUACCAUUACACAGGGAAACUGCACAAUUGUUCCAGGAAGCUGUUGAAUGAAAGUAUAUCUUUUAAGCAAAAGAUUUUACUAUUUCUCUUCUUCAGAUGAUGGAAGAAUCUGCCCCAUCUGAUGCCAAGUACUCCAAUGGAAUCAGUAAGGGCCAAAAAUAUCAGAGCCUACUUUUAACAAAAUGCAUUUGUUGCUUUUGUACCUAUAUUGCACAUAGCAAUUCUGUUGCUCCUGCUUAUUACAAACUUAAAAAAGAGUGCAAAAAUAAACUGAAAAA